GGAACUCUGUUGCGUUAAAUUCUAGUGUACUUUCUGAGUGCAUAUUUUACACAAAUAUUUUUAUGCGUAAAGCGUUCUAAUGUUAAGCGCAUUAUAUAGUAUUAGUGUUGUUAUUAGCUAGCUUCUUGAAAAAAUAUUUGAGGCCAAUAGUUACCGCUCGUGCUUUUGCGAUCUGGAGAAAGCAAUGGCACAGUUCAACUAUCUCAAUGAAUUGAAUAGUUUAGCUACUACCAUGGACGGACCUAUAACUCGAGGGCCUCCUCAGCGAUGGGCUAAGAAGAGCAAUAACGAGAACAUGAAUCCAUCUUUGAGUGCUUCUUUUAAGAACUCUUCUAACGUAAAUAUAAGUUCGUGUAACCAGUCUAUGCAGAAGUUGUCGAUAUCAGCCAAUCAAAGCGUUAACAGCGGGCAUUCCGGCAAGACCCCGACCAGAACUGAAAGUAAGAAAGGAAAGAAGACUCCUUCGAAGAAUAAGUCGCCAGGGCGCUCAACAACUCCGACUCCAAAUAAGGCCUCUAAAACUCCGAACAAAGCAGACAGGUUCAUCCCCUCGAGAAGUAACUCCAACUAUGACUUGUGCCAUUACAUGAUGAGCCGCGAAGACGACAAAGGCGAAGAGGUGGUGGCCCAAAAAGUGGCCGGCGAGGCCAUAGGGCGGGCCCUCACUGACAUGGAGCCCGGGCGCUUGCUGCAGUACACUUGCAAGGCACCGGCUGCACCUGAGGGCUAUCAGAACAGACUACGGGUGGUUUAUUCCCAGGCCAAGGUGCCGUCGUCAGUGAAGAAUACUACACGAUACAUUCCACAAGCCCCGGACAGGAUCCUAGAUGCCCCUGAAAUUCUUGAUGAUUAUUAUUUAAACCUUGUGGACUGGAGUGCGUCGAACAUCCUGGCCGUGGCUCUCGGCAACUCCGUGUACCUGUGGAACGCUGGCACCGGACAGAUUGAACAGCUGAUGACGUUGGAGGCUUCUGAGACGGUAUGCUCCGUACAAUGGGUGCAAGGCGGAGGCUCGCAUCUAGCCGUUGGAACGUCUGCGGCCACCGUCGAACUCUGGGACUGCGAGAAGAUCAAACGACUUAGGAUAAUGGACGGGCACACAGGCCGUGUCGGCUCACUCGCUUGGAACACAUAUGUAGUGUCAAGCGGUUCCCGAGACGGCACCAUCAUACACCACGACGUACGGCAGCGGGAGCAUGCAGUCGCCACAUUGUCAGCACACACGCAAGAGAUUUGCGGUCUCAAAUGGUCCCCGGACGGCCGUUACCUAGCUUCUGGCGGUAACGACAACCUUCUCAACAUCUGGCCCAUCGUGCAAGGACAGCGGUAUUCGCAGCCACAGUACCUGUACUCAUUCAACCAACACUUAGCAGCCGUCAAAGGCCUCGCUUGGUGCCCAUGGGCCGGCGGCAUCCUGGCGUCGGGCGGCGGCACGGCGGACCGCACGAUUCGAAUUUGGAACGUCAACACCGGCGCCAAUCUCAACACUGUCGACACCAAGUCGCAGGUCUGCUCUCUCCUCUGGAGCACCCACUACAAAGAGCUAAUCUCCGGUCACGGGUACGCACAGAACCAGCUUGUGAUUUGGAAGUACCCGCUGAUGUCGCGCGUGGCCGAGCUCACCGGGCACAUGGCGCGCGUCCUCCACCUGGCCUUAUCGCCAGAUGGCACCACCGUGCUCUCCGCUAGCGCCGACGAGACACUGCGUCUUUGGAAGUGCUUCAUGCUAGACCCGGCGAAGAAGAAGGAGCCCACAGAAUCAAAGGCGGCCAAGUCCUUGCUCAAUAUGAACUCUCUGAUCAGAUAACUGGUAUAUUUACAGCGCUAGAAUUAAUUUUAUUGUAGGUCUACUUUUUACUUGCAAUUUCGUUGUGAUUAUUUUGAGUCCGGUUAGUUUGCAGUGACAUGUAUUUCACAUGUAUUUAACGUAAAACAACUGAAAUAAUGUCGGUUGUUUUGAAUUUUAUUUUCCGUACUAUUGGA